AGCAUUCGUCUUGCCCGCCUUCGUCCGAUGAAGACGACGCAGCCAAGCCCGAUGAGCGGCGGCGACUACGUCGCCGGCAAGCCCUCCAACGACGACGCCAGCAUGGACCGCCUGAGCACGCUCCCCAACAGCGUCCUGCUCCACGUCCUCGCGGGCCUCGGGGACGCCGCCGCCGCCGGUCGGACAAGCGUGCUCUCCGGCCGCUGGCGCCACCUCUGGGCGCUGCUCCCGGAGCUCCGCUUCGUCCCUCGCUCCCCCAAGCCCGGCCUCAUCGCGUCGGCGCUGGCGGCCCACGAAGCGGACCUCAGGAAUCUCGACGUGACGACGCAGGACGCCGCCCGGGAGACUGUGGCGGCGUGGCUCCGCGUCGCCGCGCGCCGGCUCGCCGGCAGCCUCGUCUUCACCAACCAGGAUGUGCCCCGGAACGGAAGAGACUCCGACGACGACGACGGCGAGGGGAGAAGAAGCGUCUACGACGAGCGUCCCCGCCGGAGAGGCGUGGCCAGAGACGACGACGACGCCAAGCAGGGACGAGGCGCGUUCGAGCUUCCCUGCCUCGACAGGGCCACCAGUGUCUCCCUCGACCUGGGUCACCUCGGCCUCACCAUGCCACGCGCCGGCGCCUUCGCCCGGCUGACCGAGUUCAGCCUGAUCAACGCCCAGCUCCCCGGCGGCGGCCCCUGCGCGCUCGGCGACGCCGUCUCCUCCCGACGGUGCCCGUGCCUGCAGAGGCUCACGAUCAUGGACGUCCCCGGUGUGGAGGACUUGACCGUCCGCUCUGAUUCCCUCCGGCACAUGGAGCUGACCCGCGUGCGCGACCUGCGGCAACUCGCCAUCGUCGCGCCGGCGCUGGAGCACCUGCAGGUGCUGCUCUGCUUCUACCGCCACUGGCCUCGACGACGGCCGGUGGCCAGCAUCACGGCGCGUCAGCUGAAGGUGCUCAAGUGGGGGGAUCCAUUCGAUCGGAGGUCCGUCCAGCUUGGGAAGAAGCAUCUCGAGGCAGUGUGCCCAGACCUGUUCUUGGUGUAUGGAAUUUGGCCCAACAAUGGUUGCCUUGAGCUCUUGCGCUGCUUCAACAACAUCGAAACACUUAGCCUCACACUCGUCCACCCUCCGGACAUUAACAACAAACCAUGCUUACUGAAAAACAUGAAAAUGCUGCCGGGCGUUACAUUCCUGAACCUGUCUGUAAUUUCAAACGGGCAUGCCUUUGGGGCCAGCUUAUUCCAUGUUCUCAGGUUGUGUUCUAGUACAAGAAAGUUGACUCUGCAUAUUUCCGGCAAAGGUCUGGAGCUUGAGAAACAAACUGCUUGUCCACCAGGUUGCAUUUGUGAUGAGCAACAGGACUGGAAAUUCGAGGAACUCUUGCUGAACCACCUCCAAGAAGUUGAAAUCACUGAGUUGAGAGGAUAUGAGCAUGAAGUUAUCUUUCUGAAGCAUCUACUCGGCUGGGCUACAGAGCUAAAGAAGAUGACAAUAUUUUUCAAUUCUUUGGUGACUGAAAGCAUGGCCAGAAAGUCAUACCAGAUACUACGAAGGUUCUCUAGGCUAGAAAUAUCCAUGGAUUUUUACAUGGAAAAGAGCACGAUGACAGUGUCGUAUGUGCCCAAAGACUAAAGCACUAGCUGCGCUGCUACUUGACAUCAGUUUAAGCGCUAGACAUCGGCAAAAGCCAAGGAGUUCUUUCGAGUUCGGUUCUUAGAAUGGGGAAAUGUCUAGAAUUUUAUGUUUGUUAGUUUACAGCAAUAUUGCAUCAGAAGACCAAGGAAUAGGGUGUGACUAAGAGCUGACUGUUUUUAUUGUUGUUACAGGCUUAAUUGCACCAGCAUUUUUAGCUUGUAAAUUACCUAUGUAAUAAUGCAA